CUAGACUAAGCUGUGAAUUGCAGCUGAUCCCUUAUUGGACUUCCUGUGGGGGGAGGGCUCAAACAUGCUCUGCACAGCAGCCAAUUCAUUCAGACUUUAGUGAUAAACAGAAUCUGAUUCCUUAUGCUAUAUAGUUCUAUAUUUGCACUUUCAUAAGUAGUUCUUAAUUAAACAAUUGCAGCUAAGGGAGGCUAAUUAAAUUGCUGAAGAAUUUAUGAGAAAUAAUCUGCACUGUUUGUCAUUUAAAUUAGCAAAGCUUUUAAAAGAUAAUUUUUUUUAUGUGCUGCAUUUUUUAUAUAAACUAAUUAGGCUCAUGCCAGGUGUGCCUUAUAUUAAAGACUAAAAAUAUUUUUUUACCAUCAAUUACUGAUUGAUCCAGAUUUUAUCCUCUGUGAAAAUGUCCCUGUCUUCCUGCUGCAAUGGAACAGAAAUGCUGCCAUGCUUUGAACUUGACCUGAAAUUCCCUGAUGGGGAUGUAUAUGGCUCUGAAACCACUACUGCAGUGAGAAACUUAAGAGCUGGACUGGAUGCCGACACAAAAAAGAAGUUCGCAUUUGCAAAAAAGAAGGCCUUUGCUCUUUUUGUGAAAGAACUUCAAGCAACUGGUCCAUCGACUCAAACUAUGCAUUCUGAUGGUCAAUGGAAAUGUUGUGGGCUGGAAUUCACGAACCUGGCAAAUAUUCAUAAGCAUGUUGCUGCACAACAUUCAAAUGAAGUUUUGCAAUUAACAAAAUACAUUUUAGAAGAAUUAGCUAUAGCUGCUGAAACCACUGUGCCAUGUACCGAACUCUCGGAAAACUCUGGUGCUUUAAAGGACUCGUCGUGGAACAGAUAUCCAGUUUGUGAUUGGUUGCCAGACACAAGAAAUGUUGCCCAAGAGGAUCUAAUAAGUGAACCUGGGGAAGUGCUUUUAUACUACUUCUACUGUGAUGUUAAGGAUCCACAGUGGAUCUGUAACUGGCAAAGGGCUAUGUGUCAGACGCUUCAUCUAACAGGAAAAAUUCGAAUUGCUACAGAAGGAAUCAAUGGAACUGUUGGUGGAAGCAAAGUAUCCACCAAGUUGUAUAUUACUGCCAUGCUGUCACAUCCACUUUUCAGGGAUAUUAUGUGUUCAGAAGAUUUUAAGACAAGUGAUGGUGGAGCCCAUUGCUUUCCAGACCUUCGAGUUGGUGUCUUUCAAGAAAUUGUGCCAAUGGGAAUUGAGCCACAUAAAGUCUCUUACAAAGAAAAUGCUAUUCAUCUGUCCCCAGUGGAAUUUCAUAAAAAAGUCACAAAGUAUUUAUCUGAAGUUAGUAAACCAGACCUGGAUACCAUUUUAUUGGACUGUCGUAAUUUUUAUGAAAGCAAAAUAGGUCAAUUCCAAAAUUGUUUGGCUCCAAAUAUCAGGAAAUUUAGCUACUUCCCAAACUACGUCGACCAAAACCUUGAGCUCUUUAAAGAUAAGACAGUGUUAAUGUAUUGCACUGGAGGAAUACGUUGUGAAAGGGGCUCUGCUUAUCUCAGGUCAAAGUCUGUCUGUAAAGAAGUUUACCAGCUUAAAGGUGGCAUACAUAAAUACCUCGAGCAGUUUCCAGAUGGAUAUUUCCGAGGGAAGCUGUUUGUUUUUGAUGGACGUUAUACAAUUUCUUCGAACAGUGAUAUCAUAUCUAGUUGCUGUUACUGUGGUACAGCCUGGGAUGAAUACAAGCUCUGCUCCACUCCACGCUGCUGCCAGCUUGUACUGACAUGCACAGAAUGUCAGAGUAAGGGCCUCUCCGCAUGUUGCCCCACAUGUCAACUGAAAGAGGUUAACAUGUCUCCUGAAUCAAGUCAGCAACACUUUAAAGAAGAAUGUGAAUGCACAGAGAAGAGACCGAAAAUACCAACUGAAAACAGUCUUGACUAAAUCUUCCAAUUGAUAAAAAUAGGAUUAAGCCAAACGUUUCUUAAUGCUCAAGAUAUGUUUUUUGUUUUUUUUUUACUAUUUUUACAAAUCAGCUCAGGCAUUGUAUAUUCAGAAAUAUAAAAUAAUAUAAAAAGGGGAAAGACUUUUUUAGCUGUCAUUUUGUGGCUCUUCAGGUUCAUGGCACACACUGGUUUGACCACUAAGGACCUCUCAGGAAGAAUUCUCCUGUCCUCCAGCAGCCAAUUUGCAUUCAACAAUCAGCUUGAUAUCACAGAUGUUAACAAUGCAAGAAGUAUUUGGCAAUUCUCACGUUUGAAUGCAUUUCCUUUCAGAUGAGUAGAAAAUUGCUGCAGGUGUGCAAAGGUAUCCUACUGUAAGUAAAUCUUUUGGAGGUGACACAAAUGAAUAUAUUUGUGCUGAUUGGUCAGAAAUGUCCAAAUUGUUUGGGCAAAUCUGUCUGGCACUGACUUAACAAGUUUCCAUCCAUAGUAAAGUGCCUAUUUAUCAGCUGUUUACACUGUAGCAUUGUAAAUACUUCCGUGAUAAUUAUCAUCAGAAAAACUGAUGAUCAAAUCCUCUUGUUUACAAAAAUGAUAAUAAAAGCAGUACUGCAGUACUGGGUUGGAUAGACUAAAGGUUACAUAUUUAUAAUUAGGGCUUACAUCCCAUAUAAAUUCCUUUAAUUAACAAAGUAAGAGUUUAACUGUAUGCAUUAUUAUCUUACUAGUACCGUAGUUGUAAUUCCUGGAGACAUUUUUAUAGUUUUAACCAAUGACUGUCCAUUGGAGGCAUGGGGGCUGUAUGUGGUCCUCCCAAGAAAUUGUUACUAUUAUAUCAUGUCUAAGAUUUCCAUAAAUCUCUUUGCAUGACAUUGUUGUUUUAUUAUAUUAGCCCCCAAACAUGAAAAAUACCAGAUCAUUGUCCCACAUCAUGGAAAAACUUGAAGACAGUUGCUCAGUGGGUAUUUUGCUUCCCUCUGGUAAUUAAUGGGGGUAGGUUGAGUAAGGUCUUCGUUUUCUUAGGACACGUUUCUGUACAACCCAGGACUUUUCUCUAUCACUUUAACAGAACAGUAGCCAAAGUAUAUUAUUCUAUUGAACUUUAUGGACAAUUCCAGAACUAAGCCUAGCCUUCCAAUCAAUGGAAUAAAUGCAAGAAAUGUUCAUUGUGUGCAAUAUGUACUUUAUUCGGUAGAGUAUACCUUCUAUUGGUACUUUUUUUGAUUACUAGUGUAGUAACCCCAAUCUGAUGUCCAACUGUAGCUGAACAGAGUUCUGUUCUUUAGAGCACUGAGGGGCCCAUCUUUGGUCUGUUAGCUUAAGAAGAACUCUAAAAGCAGACUGAGGAUCACAAAGAUGUUUUUCUAUGACUAGGGGAGUAGUGAGGUCCUUAACAAGGCAGUGUGCAUUAAAAUAAUUAUGAUACAGCGUCUCCUGCAUUACUUGAUUUAAUGAUGGCCUUAAAUCAUAAACAUGGCUUCUAUCCUACUGAAGUGUUACAUAUUGUAAAAUAUCAACAACGCUGAAUUCAUCAACGAUAGCUAAGCAAUGUUUUGUUUUUUUAAUUUGGCAAUGUCUCAUUAUGUUGUAGCUAUUUCUGUAAAUAAACGUGUCUCUUAUACAGACUAGACCGAACAUCUGUUGAGCAGGCACUCAAAGAAGGCAAUCUUCCACCAGGUGGAUAAGAACAAGUGAAGACUUUAUUUAUGUCCUGGAUAAGCAGCCUUACGCAUUUCGUGUUACACAUACUUAGUUAUAAGCUAUGAUUAAGUGUAUGUAACAUGAAAUGCCUGCUCAACAGAUAUUCGGUUUGAUCCGCUCCCUCUGCUGAAGGCUCAGGGCAGUGCACCUGGACCUCUUCCCUGAUGUGGUGAGUUGUUUACACUCUAAGACCCUACUUUCAUUUUCUUGUACAUACUUCUAUAAGUGCUGCUUCUCUUCGCAGUUUCUUUGAAUGACUGAAUAUCAUCUUAAGUCAACAUCAUGCCUCUUGAGGCCAUCAGUGCAGGUAUGAGCCACGUUCUCUGGAAACCCAUUAUCCAGAAAGCUCUGAAUUAUGGAAAGACCAAAUAGCAUCCAAAUAAUCCAAAAACGUUUUUUCACUGCAAUAAUAAAACAGGAGCUUGUACUUAAUCCUAACUGAUAUAAUUAAUCCUUAUUGGAAGCAAAAUCAGCAUAUUGGGUUUAUUUAAUGUUUAAAUGAUUUCCUAGUAGACUUAAGGCAUGAAGGUACAAAUUACAAAAAGAUCCAUUAGUAAAGGGGACAAUAAUCUCAUCAUUUUCUCUAUGGUCCUAUCUUUUACAUUGUUAAAAGCAAAUCUGCUCAGUAUGACAUUUUUAAUAAAAGAAAGGUAGAUAUUUUAUCUUUGUGCAACUUGUUAGAAUAACAUGUGCAAUGGUUGUAAGGAUUGACCAGCCUGUGAUUGGAGUUUCAUUUUAAUGGGUUUUAACUAAAGAUGGCAAUGUGAAUUCUUUUUUGUUCUCUGCAUACCUACUAACAUUUCUGAGCAUAACGUAAAAUCAUUAUAGUCCCUUAUAAGGCCUGCAGUUAAGCAUAGAGCCCCCAAUUGGGAAUUACUGCUAUGUGGAAAUCAAUUCAUAAUGUAUUUUGAAUUGAAUAAAACCAUAAUGAACAGUUA